CGACGGCUGAGGGGGCGGGGCGGAGCGGAGGAGCCGCACUCGGGAGCGGGAGGGAGAUCCGCCGCGGAGUUACGGGAAAGUUGGUCCGAGUUCCCGGAGUUUCCCCUUGUGGUUACCCGGCCUCGGCUGGCCGGUGCCCCGGCUCCUUUCCUCCCUCUGGCCUUCAGGGUCCACCCAGUCCCUGCUUCUGCUCCGGACCGCCAUGGAGCCACCGCCGGCGCCUAGGAGUAAGCUAAAAAAGCUGAGUGAAGACAGUUUGACUAAGCAGCCUGAAGAAGUUUUUGAUGUCUUAGAGAAGCUUGGAGAAGGCCUACUAAAUUAGAAAUAAUUACAAAAUGACAAAAACCCACAUUAAUUGGACAUUAUGGAACAUACUCUGAGAUCACCUGUGGAUUGAAUUAGCAGAGCUAAUUAGGUCUUAUGGAAGUGUCUUUAAAGCAAUACACAAAGAAUCUGGCCAAGUUGUUGCAAUUAAACAAGUACCUGUUGAAUCAGAUCUUCAGGAAAUCAUCAAAGAAAUUUCCAUAAUGCAACAAUGUGACAGACAGUAAGAAGAAAGUGAAAAGCAGAAAAGAGUUUUCUCAGAAACCCUUGGCUAAUGUCGUUGCUAGAUUUAUCUCACAUGGGGAUGAGAUAAGGUCUUAUUAUAUAGUCCAAGCUGGCCUUAAGCUCACUAUGUAGUCCAGGCUGGCUGCCUCAGACUGGUGGCACCCCUCCUGCCUCAGCCUCCCAACUGCUGGGAUUACAGCCCAUAUGUUGUAAAGUACUAUGGCAGUUACUUUAAGAACACAGACCUCUGGAUUGUUAUGGAGUACUGUGGAGCUGGUUCUGUCUCAGACAUAAUUAGAUUACGAAACAAGACAUUAACAGAAGAUGAAAUUGCAACCAUUCUAAAAUCUACAUUGAAAGGAUUAGAAUAUUUACACUUCAUGAGAAAAAUACAUAGAGAUAUAAAAGCUGGAAAUAUUCUCCUCAAUACGGAAGGACAUGCAAAAUUGGCAGAUUUUGGAGUGGCUGGUCAGUUAACAGAUACAAUGGCAAAACGCAAUACUGUGAUAGGAACUCCAUUUUGGAUGGCUCCUGAGGUAAUUCAAGAAAUAGGUUAUAACUGUGUGGCUGACAUCUGGUCACUUGGCAUUACUUCUAUAGAAAUGGCUGAAGGAAAACCUCCUUAUGCUGAUAUACAUCCGAUGAGGGCUAUUUUCAUGAUUCCUACAAAUCCACCACCAACAUUCAGGAAACCCGAACUUUGGUCUGAUGAUUUUACUGAUUUUGUUAAAAAGUGCCUAGUGAAGAAUCCUGAACAGAGAGCUACUGCAACACAGCUUUUACAGCAUCCUUUUAUCAAGAAUGCAAAACCUGUAUCAAUAUUAAGAGACUUGAUCACAGAAGCUAUGGAGAUCAAAGCUAAAAGACAUGAAGAACAGCAACGAGAAUUAGAAGAGGAAGAAGAAAAUUCGGAUGAAGAUGAGCUGGAUUCUCACACCAUGGUGAAGACUAGUUCAGAAAGCGUGAGCACAAUGCGGGCCACAAGCACAAUGAGUGAAGGAGCCCAGACCAUGAUUGAACAUAACAGCACGAUGCUAGAAUCUGACCUGGGGACUAUGGUUAUAAACAGUGAGGAUGAGGAGGAGGAAGACGGAACUAUGAAACGAAACGCAACUUCACCACAAGUCCAAAGACCAUCUUUCAUGGAUUACUUUGAUAAGCAGGACUUCAAGAAUAAGAGUCAUGAAAACUGUAAUCAGAAUGUGCACGAGCCCUUCCCUAUGUCCAAAAAUGUUUUUCCUGAUAACUGGAAAGUUCCUCAAGAUGGAGACUUUGACUUUUUAAAAAAUCUAAGUUUAGAAGAACUACAGAUGCGAUUAAAAGCACUGGACCCCAUGAUGGAACGUGAAAUAGAAGAGCUUCGACAAAGAUACACUGCGAAAAGACAGCCCAUUCUGGAUGCGAUGGAUGCGAAGAAGAGAAGACAGCAGAACUUUUGAUUCUGAUUUCACCUCUUACUACUUAACUCUGGAGACCAAGAAACCACUAAGAAUUGAAGGAAUAUUAGAAUUUUUUAAACCCCUAACAUUUAUACCCCGCAUCUAGGCAAAGAUCAAAAACUUAAUGAUGAUACAUACUAUGUAAAUUUCCAAAAGGCAAAAUUUACAUUUAUAUCCACUAUAUUUUCAUUUUUAAUUGAGGACAAUAGAAAUGUCUUCUUUUUUGUCAGCUGAAAACCAUUCUAAAAUGAAAACUAUAUUUAGAGACCUUGAAAAUCCAAAGCUAUUGUUUAAUUGUACAGCACUGAUGGGCUUUAUGUCACAAUAUUCUUUAUUCCUAUCUGGAAGCCUAUUUAUUGUACUCCCUUAGGUAGACUUAUUUAUUUAUGCUAUUUUACUUUGUUUUGUUUUUUAAAACACAAAAUUGGAUAGCUUUGGUGAAGGUAGAAACAUAUUAAUGGAUAAUAAUGUACAACCAAAUUAUACUUCAAGCUCCGGGUAUAUUCCUCAAUUUCCAGGAUAGUUUUCUAAUAGAAGAAAAGCAGUAAUAGCAAUAACACCCAAAUGGGCUGUACGUUUUUUGUAUUGAAGCAAUAAUUCCAUUUUUACCUUUUGAAAUUUUGAUUGUUGACAUUUGCUACAAAUAGAACUAUAUAUAUUUAGGUCAAACAGAGCUAUAAUGUUUAAAACCAAAGAAAUCAAUGGAAUCCUUGCACCAAAAAAAGUGUGAUAAAUAUUUUAAAAGAAAUGAAACCUUAAUACAGAUAUAAUUUGUUAAUACUGUUUCAUGCUUCAUAUGUAGAUCUUUUAGCUAAACUGAAUUAAACUUGCAGUGAGCUCAUCAAAUUUAUUUCUGUGAAAUUUUCCUCUACUAUUACAGGGCUUUGUGUUGAUUUCAUUUAUUUCCUGAGAGUUGGUAAACAUCAUGUGCCUGAGGAUUAAAAAUGGCAAAAAUAUUUCUACUGAACUGUGCAAACCUUGGGACUGAAAAAUACUAAAACCAUUAAAAAAUCUAUUUCUAAACUUGAACAUUUGCAUAACUGAACUGGGACCAGUUUUUUCCAUAUGGCCAUCUUGACAGUGUUUGUUCUUUUAUGUAUUUAAUUACUAUGUGGAAGUCAUAAAGACAAAUAAAUUUUACUGUGCCACCCA